CCAAUGAUGGCGCUCCCAGGUCGGGCGCUGCAUGCGCUGCCGAUGCUGCUGCCAAUGGCCUUCAUGAUCCGAGCCAUGACAAUGACCGGUCCACUUGCGCCUGUUGUGGAAGGCGCUUACACUGAGGGACGAUAUACCCUCCGAAACGGGACUCAUGUGCCUAUCCGGAGGACUUUCUUUGGGGUGCCAGUUCUCGACGAUGCCUUUGCUCGGAUUACCAUCACCUUUAGCCCGCUAGUCUUCGGUGAAGACGCCAGGAUAUGGUGGCAGUGUCUCGUCUUCUUCGCCGAUUUGACUGGUUUCUGUGCCAUAUGGAUGCUUGAGUCUGCCGUGCCUUUGUUCCUCGCCCAAGUCAUAAGCCUGGGAAUGACCACGCCGUCCUACUUUUACUUCUUCUACGUCUCGUCUCCCUUACACAAGUACUCAACAGCCAGUGCCCGACAGAUUGACGGCGCUGGUGUGCUUGCUGUCCUCCCAGCAUUACUUGUGGCGUUCUUCGUCCCUCAUGCUAUCUCUCUCGUCCACCCUGAUUUCGGGGUUAGACACUUUGCGAAUUGGAUAUGGCAGUUCUACCCGGUCUCGGGCUCCAUGCUCCUUUUUGCAAUCUCAAGCGCAAUCCGGCCGUUUCUCGACGACCGCAGCGAAGCAGUUCAGCGGCGUAACAAGACGGCCAUCCGCGCAAUUGGCGGCUUCUUGAUAGCCCUCAGCGUGACGUGCUAUUGGUCUAUGAUUCUCUUCUCCCCUUUGGCUGUCUCAGAAGUGCUUGUCCCGAGAUAUCUCAUUGAAAACCCCGAAAGCCCGCUGGCAGCGCUUCGUAACUUUUUCCAGUGGGAUUACAUCGUCUCUUAUACGACAUUAUUGCUUUGGCUGGCAUACCACUUUGCAGAGUUGAAGAGCGCCGGCAUAUGCCAGUUGUCUUGGGCUAGAAUCCUGGUUUCCUCCGCCGUUAUUGGGUGCCUCGGCGGCCCGGGAGUCUUGGUCAUGGUUGGGUGGAUCACAAGAGAGGAGAUGAUGGCAUCGGCUGAGCACACAAAGACCAGUUAGA